CUGGGCUGGCUGGAGCCCGAGCAGAGCGUGGGGAGCACCCAAGCGGGGCCAGAGGGACAUCGUGUGCAGAGGAGAGGAGCCCACAGAGGUACAAAGGGAGGGGUGACUCGGCCUGCUCCUCGGGCAGGACAGGAGCCUGGCUUCCCGGAGGUGGCCUGGGACAGAGUGUUUCCCAUAAGUCCAAAGGUGGCUCUGGCCAGAGUCAUUCAUUGAGAUCGGCUGCUGGGUCAACAAGGCGGCUCUCAGGGCCAACCCACCACCGGUGCUGAGACCUCAGGACCUCGCUGGCCUGUCCGCCCUUGUGGAGAAGACCAGACGAGACCAGCCAGAAAAGGAACAUGGCGCUGCUUCAGGGGCUCCUCGUGCUCAGCUUGUCCUGCCUGCAAGGCCCCUGCUCAGUGCUCUCUCCAGCGAGCGCCAUGGAGCCCAUGAGCCAGCAGGUAGUGAUGUGGCCAAAUCAGGAGAAGCUGUCCCCACUUAGCCUUCUCAAGUUGAGCAACCAGGAGCUUCGUGGCCCGGCCACUCUGAAGAAGGCCUUGGGAGACUGCAAGGAGGAAUCCACCCCAGAGAAGACCCACAGGCUGGCCAAGGCCAUGAUGGCCUUCACCGUAGACCUGUUCUCCAUGGUGGCGCAAAAGUCCACCAGCCCCAACCUCGUCCUGUCACCCCUGAGUGUGGCCCUGGCACUGUCCCACCUGGCACUAGGUGCUCAGAACCAAACGCUGCAGAGGUUGCAGCAGGUGCUGCACGCAGACUCAGGGCCUUGCCUCCCCCACCUGCUGAGCCGCCUCUGCAAGGACCUGGGCCCUGGGGCAUUCCGAAUGGCUGCCAGGAUGUACUUGCAGAAAGGAUUUCCCAUCAAAGAGGAAUUCCUGAAACAAUCGGAACACCUCUUUGGCGCAAAGCCCAUCAACCUGAUGGGAAGGAAGGGGGACGACUUGGCGAACAUCAACGAAUGGGUGAAGGAGGCCACGGAGGGGAAGAUCGAGGAUUUCCUCUCGGAGCUGUCUGAUGACACGGUGCUGCUCCUCCUCAAUGCCAUCCAUUUCCAGGGUUUCUGGAAGAACAAGUUUGACCCGAGCCUCACCCGGAGAGGAACUUUCCACCUGGAUGAGCAGUUCGCGGUGCCGGUGGACAUGAUGCAGGCCCUCACCUACCCUCUGCGCUGGUCCUUGCUGGAGCAGCCUGAGCUGCAGGUGGCUCAUUUCCCCUUUAAGAACAACAUGAGCUUCGUGGUCAUUGUGCCCACCUACUUUGAGUGGAAUGUGUCCCAGGUGCUGGCCAACCUGAGCUGGGACGUCUUGCAUCAGCCCUUGCAGCGGGAGAGGCCCACCAAGGUCCAGCUGCCUAAGCUACAUCUGAAAUAUCAGCUGGACCUGGUGGCCACCCUCAGCCAGCUGGGCCUGCAGGAGCUGUUUCAGACCCCAGACCUGCGUGGGAUCUCUGACCAGAGUUUGGUGGUAUCCAGCGUACAGCAUCAGUCCACUCUGGAGCUCAGCGAGGCGGGUGUGGAAGCGGCUGCGGCAACCAGCGCUGCCAUGUCCCGCAUGUCCCUUUCCUCCUUCAGCGUGAACCGCCCCUUCCUCUUCUUCAUCCUUGAGGACACCACGAGCCUGCCCCUCUUUGUGGGCAGCGUGAGGAACCCCAGCCCUGGUGCGCAGCCAGAGCACAAGGAGCAGCAGGAUUCCCCGGACAACAGGGACUCCUUCUGGAAGCUGAAAGCCUUCCCCCACGGAGACAAGCUCUUGGGCCCUGACUUGAAACUGGCGCCCCCUUCGGAGGAGGAUUAUCCCCAGCCUAGCAGCCCCAAGUGAGGGGCCGCGGGCUCCCGCAUCCUGAGUCCCUGCCUGGACCGGCCUCUCAAUUCCUGUGACUCUUUCCAAACUGCUUUGUGGGGUAAGGGGCGGGGCCGGAGGAGGCAUUCUGAGGGGGUAGGGUCUUUCUCUCUGUCUCCUCUUGGGGAGUGUGGGGUGGGGUGGGGCCGGGAGGAGGGGCAGCUGUGGACCCACUUUUGUCAGGAAGGUAGGUGGGUAUUCCCUUGAUCAGCUGGGGUGCUUCCCCGUUUGUUUACCGGAGGGGGGCGGACAGGAGGGACGGGAUGCCCUGGCUGGGGAGAGGAGAGACAGGCCCUGGGGGUGAGGGGGGCAGAGCCCUGUCCUGGGGUCAGACGCUGGGGUCAGCCUUGGCCUGCCCUCUGGGUGGAGGCUGAGCAUCCCGCGCGGCCUCUGUCGUUACCGGCCCGAGGCCCACCGGCCUCCGCCUCCACGCGUCACCUUGGCCUCCCUGCUGACCCUCAGAGGUGCCGACACUGCCAGGACUCCCUUUCCUUCCUCUCUCCUCCUCCUCCUCUGCCUGGGGUCUCGGGGGCUGAGGGGUGGGGGGUGGCAUUAGCUCCUUAAGGCUCUUUUGUAAAGUUUUUGUAGUGAUUUUUAUGCUACCUGAAUAAAGAAUGAA